AUGACUGGUGGUGAUGUGUCUGAGGAAAUCUUGCAGUCAUUAGAGAAGAACGGCGACGACAGAGACGACGAAGAAGAUGAUGACAAAAAACUAGAUGAAUUAGACAAGUAAGUUGUUUAACUUAUCAGUUCUGUCAUGGAUUCAUUGCGAUGGCUACUCCCAAUAAAUCCGUUUUAUGGCAAUGGAGUAAAAACAAUACGCCACUCUGAGACUUAUUACGCGUUCAGCUCUUUUCAUCCUGAAAAACAUAACAAUCGUUCGUUCCUCGUCAAUUUUUUUCAAGUUGGACCAAAAUUUGAGCUCCACAAAUUUUCGUACUAAAAUUUCGGUAGGUUUUGGAUUAUGGUGCUCACACACGGACCAACAAACUGGGGUGAAAACAUAACCUCCUAGCGGAGAAAACUAGGUGUACGAGUUUUAAACAAACGUCGGUCAGGAUAUUAGUCUGUGCAGGUAAGGAGGCAAUCAGCGCCAAACACAAUGGUAUACAAGUAUACAACAGGAAUACAUCUCUUAGGGUCAAGACAUUGUCUUUCCCAUUGUGAUUCCGAUAUCGUGGCCACUGUGGGACCUUGCCCGAAUGGAAAAUGAAACCGCGUCGUUUGAAGCGUAGCACUAUUUCACCGUAUUCUAAUUUACAAAAGGAGUUUAAGAUGCCGACAACGAACAACGGGUACGGAUAGGGUUGAAAGCUUAAUGUAUUCGCAUUGCUUUAACUGAGGCAGACAAAAUUUACAUAUCUCCAUGCAGAGCAUACUUUUAACUGUAGCGACCUUGGCUACAGCGUAAAAAUCACAUUCUUGUGUUGUAAACCAGAAUCAAGAACAUACCACCGAAACUGACUACGUAACGUUGCAAGUUGGAGAGUAUUUUUAUAAAGAAAUGAUGAAAAUUAAAAGAUGAAACUUACCGAACACAAAGCCAUGCACAUAAAACAUAUUUGGGAUAAAUUUGUUAUCACAAGCAUUUAGUAUUUGCAUACAUACAACAAAAACUAUUUCAAACGUAGUCGGUAGUUCGUCGUCAAAAUUUUAAACUCCCUAAAGACGUGUUGAGGACUGACGACCGUUGUUCACAACGUUUUGUUGUACCGUAGAUAAUCCAGAAGACAUCUGGAUUGUCUAUGGUUGUACUUUGUCAACACUUUUUUAAACUCACUUAUCAAAUGUAUUAUUGAAUGUUUUAGAGCGUUUGAAGGGGACGUCGACAUGUUCACUGGAAUGUACAAAGGUAAGCGCUUCCACAGUGGCAGCGAGAAUAUAUUUUCCUGAUUUAAGUUAAUAUGAGCUUGCAAACCGUUAAACUAACCUGAGUGAUAUCCGCAUGCCCUAGUUAAUGCAUAUGAAAUUCAAUUUGUGUUCAUAUGAGAAACGAGCCAGGUGGGAUCUCAUUACAGUCGUGCCAAUAUAGAAGCGUUCCGAAAAAUGUUGACCAGUUCAUUUCCUAACUUGAAGGAACACCUCUGAACAAUUCCUCAACAAUUUGAUACCUUAAAAAGUUCCUAGCUUCCUGUUUCAUUGACCAAUCAAAUUUUAUAUUUUAUUUUUGAGCAAUCUGAUUGGUCAAUGAAACGGGAAGUUAGGAACUUUUUAAAGAACUUAUCAAAUCGUUGAGGAAUUGUUCAGAGGAACUCCUCGAAGUUAGGAAAUGAACUGGUCAACAUUUUUCGGAACGCUUCUAUUGGCACGACUGUUAGGAGGUUACAAUUUUCCAUAUGAACACUUCCCAACUUUCCGUUACCAAGAUGGAAAAUGUUUUCCAAUUUUGACCUAUAUUAGUAUUGAACGAGAUAGUUGAAAAAUAAAGCAAGAAAAAGACACAAUAAUAGCCCUAGUGAUUUGAAAAUUGAUAUGCUACUAGGCAAUUUCAUUUUUGUUCUGGUUUAUGAACUAGUAUUAAAACAUUAAAAAGUUACUAGAAGUUGAAAGUUAUAAAAUCGAGCUUACGGACUGAGCGUACAUCAUCAGGAUUUACUAGAACACAGUUUGUUCAAUCACAACAAAACCUAUCCCGAAGGCACUAUUCGUAUGAAUAAGGCCUUGAUGUGGCUAAUUUAGUUCUGAGAACUAGGUUUCGAUUUUCGCUACGGAGUGAAAAAAGUCAUUUACGCUCUACGAAAGUCUUGAGUUUUCUCUGGCUACCCAGGUUUCCUUCCGCAGGGAAUGAUGGCAGGAUAAAUCCAAAACUAUCUUUUCAAUCAUAGCUGUGUCCCGUGAUCAGCUACAGAUACAUAGCAGCAAUAGGAGCCCUCGACUCGAUCAGGUCGAGCUGCGUUCUUUCGUAAAACAUCUCGGCUUUCAGCUACAAGUAUAUAAAGGAUGAUUGGCAGCACCUCCACCUCUAUUUUCCGAUAACAUUUCAUUUUAACAUCAUCUAAACCAUAAGUCGGCGGAAUAAAUUGCAUCGUGUGUGCCCAAAUUAAUUGUGUUGUGCAAAUACUGUAGAGUGGUUCUGUUCUGUCAUUGGUACCAUGUAAAUGCAGUACUCUCAUGACUUUUAUUUCUGGUCUCAAUUUAGUCCUUGAUGCUUUAAAAAGUCAUGAAGAUGGAUGGCCGUUUCUUGAACCUGUUGAAGAAUCCUACGCGCCACAUUAUUUUGAAAUUGUCACG